AUGCAACGGACGGUUGCAUUCAAUCCGUACCGUCGGUUGCAUCGUGGUUCGAAUGCAUGCAUCGGGUACCACUCUCCGGCUCUCUCGCUCUCGGAGCUCCUGUGCUCCUACCCACCGGUCACGGGUCAGUUGGCUGCCCAACAACCGGCGGAGGAGAGUCACGGUGGUGGUGGCGGUGACAACUUAUGGUUAGUGAAGUGCAACGACGCUGGUGUUAGAAUGUUGAGGGCAAAGGUGGGGGCCACGCUUGAUGAGUGGCUCGGAUUUGGUAGUGGGUCCGAUGAGAGAGAUCUGACGGUGUGGGGGGACAUGCCUGAUGAUCCAAGUAUAUUGUCGCCGUUUUGCAUCCAGAUAAGUGAUUUUGAAGGAGGAGGGCUAGCAAUAGGACUAAGCUGCAGCCACAUGCAUGCAGACCAAACUUCUGCAACACUGCUAGUCAAGUCAUGGGCUCAGCUCCAACGAGGCGAACCCAUUUUGCAACCUCCAGUCUUUCACCAGUUCCCAACACCAGAUUCCAAACCAUCUCCGAAAACCAACACUAUGCUGUCGAAAUUUUACGCAAGCAAGCCCAAAGACCGUGUUCCUAAACGACAAAUGGCGACUGCCACUUUCAGAUUUCCCGAUGCAAAGAUGAAGCAAUGCCUUUCUGAUAUCCAUAUGGAAUGCCCUGAUGCCACCUCAUUUGAUGCAGACUCCAGGAAGCUCAUCCAUCUGCCUCUGCCUAUCGGGUAUUUUGGCAAUGCAUUACAUUUCUCACGACUGUCGUGGGAUACAGAAGCAUUACAGAGUUGGGGGUUGGAACGCGUGGCGGGGAUAGUGCAUAACCAUGUGGCGAGUGUCGAAGAAGAGCUGGGCUCGGUUAUGGAUUGUUUCGAACGGGAGAAAGUAGAGGAGCUGGAGCGAUACGAGCAACCGUUUGUGAUGUAUGGCCCUGAACUAACAUGCAAGGACGAGAAGCCGGUCCACGUGUCGUAUCAUGUUGGCAAUGUGGAAGGGGAAAGGUUAAUUACAGUCAUGCCCUCACCGGAAGGAGGUCUAGGUCGGACCGUGACAGUGACACUGCUAGUGGAUCAGAUUGCUAAGCUGUGCGAGGACGAAGCUGUAUUGGACUUGGACCCAACUAUGCCAAUGAACGGAAAAAGAUGA